CGUCUUACAUUAUGGGACCAAGCGAGUAGAAAAAUAUUAAAAAAUAAAAUAUUACAUACCCAGACACAAAAAAGUGGAUGGAUGACCUACAAAAGACAUACCACAGAAUGAAGUCUAACCAACAAGCAAUGUGAAUCUACAGACUAAUACACUCAGAACUUCCGAAUGGAAUAAGAAGCACAGAAAUCCCAGAGAUAAUAGUGCAUGGACAUAUUUUUACUAGCGUAUAUGAAUAUCGAGAGUCCAGAUACUUGGCAGAGGUUUAAUCAUCCGACAUGCAGCGCUGAACUUAUCUUUGGGAGAACGUGCUCUACACUUUGCAAAUCUUCAAAUAUAUUCUACAGAUAUUCAUUUCAAACUAUAAUGUAUCUUGCUAGUAGAUACUGCUUGACUCUGUAAAAAAAGACAUAUCAGGUUGAGGUUCUAGGAGGACAGAAGUCAAACUGUUAUACUAUUUAACUUUUAGUAUUAAUUGUUUAACAUGUUCUUGAAUUUUAUUGCCUGUACAGGUACGAUGUGGCAUUAGCAUCAAAUGCAUUAGGAGCCAAAUAUAUAUGCGAAUUUGCAAAGAAGUGCAGCAAUAUGAAAUUGUUGCUUCAUCUUUCCACUGCUUUUGUAGCGGGUACCCGAAAAGGACUUUUACUAGAGGAAGCACUGCAGAUGGGUGAAACACUAAGGCCCGGUUACUGUUUAGACAUUAAAGCUGAGUUGCGGUUAGUUGAGAAGAUCAAGACUGAACUCAGAGUAGCCAAUAGUGGUGGGCCAGACCAGUCAUUGGAGAAAACAGCCAUGAAAGAACUUGGCUUAAAGAGGUCUGGCCAUCUAAAUGUGUCAUUUCCUUUAUUUUAUAAAUAUAAAUUAUGUUUUCGACAUCUGUUAACCAACUUGCAACUUUGAGUGUUAUUUGGCUUUAAAAUUUAUAACUGAUGUAUUCGAAAAUACUUUCAACAAAAAAUUGAACAUAUGCAUUCACAUGACCAAUCCAAAUAAUAUUUCUUUGUGUUAGUAAUAAAAUUUAGAUUCAUUUAACAACACUUCUCUUAAAAAUCUUAGUUUCCUGAUGGGUUAGUAUAUUACUACAUCUAGUGACAAGAGAUAGUAAAAUAUAAAUCGUACCUCUUUGAUAGUAAUGUCGUUUCUAAGGUAUUUAUCAUAUCAAACACUGCGACCUUGAGAACACUAGUUCUGACAAUUUAGAUGAUGAAAAACUGAUAUUUAAAUAGUUGGUUGAUUUAUUAUGCCACAUAUCAUAAGAAUAAAAUGGUUGAAGGGGCGUCACAGGAUUUCCCCAAGAUUUAUGGGAAAAGUUAGCUAUAUAAUAUUCUUAACCUUUCAUAGCUAAGCCAGAACAUUCACCAAAAUUUACAUGACACAAGAUGAGCUCUGUCCAUUUACUUACCUUGAUGACAUAGUUUGUUUUAGAACAUAUUGAUGAAAAGCUAUAAGAAUGUAAUUGUAAUCAAAGGGAAUAUUUGAUUAACAAAUAUCCUGAUUAUGAUUGUAAGGUUGAGUAGACACGCUUUAACAACAUUUACUCAUGUGUAAGUGGAGAGAGUACAUGCUAUAUGAAAUAGCAGCUUGACACUACAUAUAAUUUUCGCACUGCUGAAGGGCCUGCCAUUUUGGAUGGCCAAACGUAUAUACAUUUACCAAAGCUAUGGGCGAGAUGCUACUUGCGCAGGAGAGGGGAGACCUUCCUCUCAUCAUUAUGCGACCCGCCAUGGUAACCAGCACUUUUCAAGAUCCAUUUCCUGGCUGGAUAGAAGGGGCGAGGACAAUUGAUGCUUUGAUUGUCGCCUACACUGAGCAAGCAUUCCCAUGUUUCGUAGGUGAUCGAAAAAACAUAAUGGAUGCUGUUCCUGCGGACAUGGUGGUAAAUGCAACCCUUGUAGCCAUGGCUGUUCACUGGAAUGAAAAAGGAUAUGUCAUUUACCACGUGUGCUCGGCACUCCAAAAUCCAUUGUCUGGUUAUGUCUUAGAGGACGCAUGCUGGGAUUACUUCUCCAAGCAUCCUCGUAUACGAGAAGAUGGGAAACCGCUGAAAAACAAAAGGCCAUACGUGUUUAAGAGGUUCACUCUCUUCCGUGCAUAUCUGAUAAUGGUUUAUAAGCUACCACUUGAGAUCUUGCAUGCGGUGAGCCUUUUAUUCUGUGGGUUGUUUUCGCAAUCUUACAAUAAGUACAACCGAAGAUACAAUUUCUUAAUCCUCUUGGUGAAGCUCUAUGCACCAUAUGCCUUCUUCAAAGGAUGCUUUGAUGACACGAACAUUACAAGGUUGCUUACGGAAGUAAAGAUGGAUUGCAAUGGUGGUAGCAUAUUUAAUUUUGAUCCCAGAUCUAUGGACUGGCACUCAUAUCUCUUGAAUGUACACGUCCCAGCUGUGAUAAAGUAUGGCCGCAAAAAUUAGGGAAAUGUAUAGCAAAGAAUAAAAUCUUUCUAUCAUUGAGCUAAAGGGCAACCAUCUUCUGCAGCAAAAAUGUAUUCCCUGUUGCUAAACAUUAGAGUUUGUAUGAAGUGAAGCACAUUUUGUAUAUGCCAUUAUAUGAAGAAAUAUCCUAAAGACCCAAGCUUCUUAUUAAUGUGAUAUGUUGAUAAUGUCUGCUAGCCAGAUCACUAUUGUGGAAAUAAUGCGUGUAUCCUAUAGAAGAAUAGAUGGCAGGAUUUGGCACCCUAAA